GCAGUAAAUCUGGAGACAAGGUGCAAGGGGAAGAGACUGGAGUCAGUUCGGCAGAUAAAAUCUACGGAACAGGGGAGGCCAAGGCUGCAGGUCUUACCAUUGGAAGAAUUGGAGAUUCCAAUUGUUUUGGUCAGAAGAUGAGUGAAAGAACUCCACCUUUGAGACUGAAGGAGUGGCUUAUACUUCAGAUAGACAGUGGCAAUUAUCCUGGUCUCCGGUGGGAAAAUCAGGAGAAAACAAUAUUCAGAAUUCCAUGGAAGCAUGCCUCCAAACAUAACUACAAGGAGGAAGAAGAUGCUGCCUUAUUCAGGGCCUGGGCUGUUCAUAAGGGAAAGUUUCGAGAUGGAUACAUCAAGGAGGACCCUUCAGUUUGGAAGACAAGACUCCGGUGUGCUCUUAACAAAAGUCCAGACUUUAAGGAGGUCAUGGAGAGCUGCCAAGACAUUGGUGAACCCUAUAAACUAUAUAGCAUUGUGUCUGAACCUAAAGAGAAAACCUAUGAGGGGUCCAAAGAAGCAACCAAGAACUGGCAGAAAGAAGUACCACCUAGGAAAACCAUAAAAGUGGAAAAUCAGCUGAAAAGUCCAAGCAGCCCAUUGGAAGGAGGGGUUUUUUCUUCACCAAUCAUCUUAAUGACCCAAAACGUUGAUCAUAAAGGUGCUGAUAUUUCAGAGAAAACCAUUAUCCUCCCACCAUCAUCUUUUUCAUCAUCAGAUUACUGGCUGCACGUCCGCUUGUACUACAUGGGCAAGCUGGUGACUGAAGUCACCACACAGACAGCUGAGGGGUGCCGAAUUAUUCCUCUCCCAUCAUCUGAACAAGAAUACAACCUGAGCUCGCCGCACCCUUUGGAGGAUAUCCCUUUGCCUCCUCCCCAGAAGCUGUCUGGCAUUCUGUCCCUAGAGAAGCAGAUGGUUGUCAAUAAAUUAUUGUUGCACCUGGAUAAAGGGGUGUUGCUUUGGGUGGCACCUGAAGGGGUCUUCAUAAAGCGUCAAUGUCAAGUACGUGUCUACUGGUGUGGCCCACUGGCUCCAAACAAUGACCAACCUAAUAAGCUUGAGAGAGAGAAGACCUGUAAGGUGUUGGACACGGAACGCUUCUUGCAUGAGCUUGAAAUGUACCUCAUGAACAAAGGUCCUGAACCCCAGUAUCAGAUCCAGCUCUGCUUUGGAGAGGAAUAUCCAGAGUCGACACUGAGUUCCAGAAAGUUAAUCACAGCUAAUGUGGAGCCGGUGUUUGCCAGAGAACUGCUUAUAAAUGCAAAGACAAAACUGAGGAAGAACGCCCCAGCCAUCUAGUUGCUUCCACCCCCGAUCCUUCAUAGGAUAAAUCCUCCUGAUUAAUCUCAACCUUCCCAUUUCUUACUUCUAUCUGAGGGCUCAUGCACACGAAUGUAUUUUUGGUCCGCAUCCGAGACGCAUUUUUUUGCGUGUCGGAUGCGGACCCAUUCCCUUGCAUGUGGCUGCAAAAGAUGCGUACAGCACACCCAUGUGCUGUCCGCAUCCAUAUGUCCGUUUCCGCGGCCCUGCAAAAAAAGUUGAAUACGUCUUAUUCUUGUCCGUUUUACAGACAAGGAUAGGACAGAUCCAUAGAGGACGUUCAGUUUUGCAAAAUGCAGAACACACACAGCCGGUAAUCCGUGUUUUGCGGAUCCACAAUUUGCGAACUGCAGAAAUGGCCGUGUGCAUGACCCCCUAGUCUGGGAAAGCUGGGUGACAAUAUGGCCACCAUUCCACCCAAAUCAUUGCAUGCAGAGUUGAUGGAGGAGAGAGGAGGAAUGUCCCUUUAUAUAACUAGGCAGUACCCUAGGAAAGUGAUGUGGUCUGUAACAUUAGGGACAUUAGCUGUUACCCAGCUUUCCCUAAGGACUGUGGAUCUUUGGGGGAAGGAGAGGGAAGAAAGUAUUAAUAUGUCAUUUAGGAGACCAGACAAUCUCCCCUUCCUUCCCAUGCAAUGCUUGGACAUACGCCUCUGCUCAGGGAACAUUUUGGACUGUUGGGCAAUUCAGGAUUAUGUUCAGAUUUUUGGACGAUUUUAAUUAGCUAUUGAAUUUCUCGACUACUGCAGCUGUGCGAGCAGGACAUACAGGACGGGUUGUAAUGUUUCCUUUCCCUGGCAGUACACAGAGAUCUAUAAGAUAGUGAUAAACAAAUGACAUUAAAAUGCUUCAUCAUUUU